AUGGCCAACUUCCGCCAAUUCCGUCCAGAUGACUUGAACAAGUUCUCAAAGUGCAACCUCGACCCUUUCACAGAAACAUACGAGCUUGGGUUUUAUUUGCAGUACCAUGCAAAGUGGCCUUCGCUCUUCCAGGUCGCCGAGGAUCAGCAUGGCAACAUAAUUGGAUAUAUCAUGGGCAAACUUGAAUCCUCGCCAGACUACUACAAGUUCUCAGAGCACUACCUCCCAUGGCACGCCCAUAUCACCGCAGUCACCGUAGCGCCCGAGGCCCGUCGUCUGGGCAUUGGCAAAAUGCUGACGGAGCAGCUUGAGGCCGCUGCCGAUGCCAACGACGCCUGGUUUGUCGAUCUGUUUGUGAGGAGUACCAACCACAAGGCCAUUCAGUUUUACAAGAGCAUGGGCUACAGCAUCUUCCGCACCGUCAAGGACUACUACGGCGACCACUCGAGCGACCCCACCAAGUCAUCGAGGAUCCUACGACAUGCGCAAGCCCAUGAAGAGAGACGUCAAGAAGGAGCACGUUCGGGAAAAUGGCGAGAAGUUCGAGGUGGACCCGAGUGA